ACACGGCCCCUUGGUGUAGCACAGAGGCAGGGACGGCGCCAAUCACAAGAUGGCUCCCAACGUCACACAGUGCCAUGGAGACACAAGCCGCUAGCAGCCUGUGGGCGAGGCUCAUCAAUAUAUAUAAAAAGGUCACAGGGCGUGGAGGGGGUGUGAGGGUGUAGGAGAAGAAUCCGGUUUAGGAGCCUUUGGGGUCUGAGAUAUGGAUGUGGAUACUCUACGUCAGUGCCUGGGUGAGGCUGGUCAGAGCCAUGUGUUGCAAUUUUGGGAUGAGUUGUCCGAGCAUCAGCGUUCUCACUUACUGGGGGAAUUACAGGGCUUGGACUUUCUAGAGCUAAAUGGCUUCUUCCAUAGAGCUAUGGAUGCAUAUUCUGUUUCUUCAGCACAAGAAAAAGUGGAUGCCAGAAUGGAGGCUGUGCCCCGAGAGGUCCUUGGCAGUGUCACACGUGAUAGAGAGCAUCUUAAAGACUGGGAAGCUGAAGGUUUCAGUCAGAUUGCGCAUGGUAAAGUUGCUGUCCUGCUGCUGGCUGGUGGGCAGGGAACCCGCUUGGGGGUGUCCUACCCAAAGGGCAUGUAUGAUGUGGGCCUACCUUCCUCCAAAAGUCUCUUCCAGAUACAAGCAGAACGCAUCUUAAAGCUACAGAGACUGGCAAAGGAGCAACAUGGUAAAGACUGCAUAAUUCCUUGGUACAUCAUGACUAGUGGCCGGACUAUGGAGUCCACGCGGCAUUUCUUUCAGAAACAUCACUAUUUUGGGUUAAAAGAAGAAAAUAUAAUACUUUUUCAGCAAGGAAUGCUGCCAGCCAUGAGCCUUGAAGGAAAGCUGCUCAUGGAAGAAAAGGGCAAGCUUUCCAUGGCUCCAGAUGGUAAUGGAGGACUGUAUAGAGCAUUAGGUGCACAUGGAGUGCUGGAAGAUAUGGAGAGGCGAGGAAUAGAGUACAUACAUGUAUAUUGUGUAGACAAUAUCUUGGUGAAGGUGGCAGAUCCCGUGUUUAUUGGAUUUUGUGUGGCGAAGGAGGCAGAUUGUGGGGCAAAGGUGGUGGAGAAGAUGAAUCCCACUGAGCCAGUAGGUGUGGUUUGUCGUGUCGAUGGUGUGUACCAAGUAGUGGAAUACAGUGAGAUCACACUGGCCACAGCACAAAAAAGGAGUGCGGAUGGAAGACUUCUGUAUAAUGCUGGCAAUAUUGCUAAUCAUUUUUUCACCAGGCGUUUCCUACAGCAAGUGGUGGAGGUCCAUGAACCUCAGCUGCAACAUCAUGUUGCGGUGAAGAAAAUCCCUCAUGUGGACACACAGGGUUUGCUGGUUCACCCAGAAAAACCCAAUGGAAUAAAGAUGGAGAAAUUUGUCUUUGAUAUCUUCCAGUUUACCAAAAAGUUUGUGGUGUUUGAGGUGCUUCGUGAGGAGGAGUUCUCGCCUUUGAAAAACGCAGAUAGCCAAAAUGGAAAGGACAACCCAAGUACUGCCCGCCAUGCCCUCCUGUCUCUACAUCACUGCUGGGUCCUCAAUGCUGGGGGGCACUUUGUGGAUGAGAACGGCAGUCGAAUUCCAGCAAUCCCCCUCCACCCCAGACAAGAGAGCGGAACCACGCAGGACCACUCACAGAACAACAUGAAGGAUGUUGGUGACCUACCCAUUCAGUGUGAAAUAUCUCCAUUGGUCUCUUAUGCUGGAGAGGGACUGGAGCUUUACAUCCGAAAUCAGGAGUUCCAUUCUCCACUUACAAUAGAUGAAAACGGCGUUCACCAGUCCAUGAAGAACGGCAUCUCUCUCUAGAAGCUGCUACGAACAGAAGUCUCAUGUACAGUUGGCCUCAUAUUUAUGGUGGGGGACUAUGUGGAUUUCAAUGGUACUUGUUAAAAUACGAAUCACAUGGGUCUUCCCGCUCCAUCUCUGCCAGUACAGGACUGAACAUUUUAGCUUUACAUUUUAAAUGCCAAAUGUAUAAUAAAUGAGAAUACUGUAUUUAUAGCAGACUCUAUAUGAAGGUAAAUAUUAACUAUUUUUUAAAUUUGUACAUAGCUCUUGUACGUUUUAUUUUAAUGGUACGGUACAAGCUUUUACUCUGUCUUUAUUUUAUUUUGUGUAUUUAAUUGAGAGGAAUUUUUCUUUCCCCCAAAAUAAAAUAAACUUUUGAAGUUGAAGAGUGA